AUGAAGCAUGUUGAUGUUACCGUACAUGUUUUACAUGCGAUUUCGGAGCUCUGUGUCGUAGGAGGAGCUGAGAUCGUCCGCAACAUUGAUCCGUUAUUCCAGAAGCUCACACAAUUGAUAAAUGACUCGAGUAGUUUGCAGAGGAGAGAGGCGGCUUUAUGCACUAUAGGACGAAUUGCUCGUUCUACGGCAUACGUCGUUGAUCCAUACAAAGACUAUCCGAAUCUGUUGGAUGAUCUUUUGAGGUUAUUGAAAACGGAAAUGUCAUCUAAGAUGCGUCGACAGGCUAUAAGCACUCUAGGAAUUCUUGGAGCUCUGGAUCCAUACACACAUAAGGUCUUCACUGGAGCAGUUCAAUCAGCAACUUCCAUCAGUACAGCAUUGUCACUUCCUAUGGCACGAGAUGCAGCUGAUCCACGUCAAGAUAUUAUUCAAUGGUACAAUUACGAAAAGUGCACAUUGGAGGAGUUUUAUCCCGCAAUAACUAUAGCCAAUUUGAUGGUUAUGGUUCAAGACGAAGCUUUCACACAAUACUACAAAGAGAUUGCGCAAGCUUUGUUGACAAUCUUCCGAAGUUUAGGCGAUUCUUUCCCACAGUACGUCCAACAAGUGGUACCACGAUUGAUAGAAGUAACUCGAGCAUGUCGCGGAAGACCGUCACAUCGGGAAUUCUUCUUACGACAGCUGGCUAGUCUUGUUGCUAUAAUAAAAGUACAUGCUAAGCCAUACAUGAAGCAGAUUUUCAGCUUGAUCGCUGAUGCUUGGAGCGAAGAUCAAAACGUAAAAGUUACUGUGGUCAGCGUAUUGGAGCAGAUAGGAACGGCUAUGGGGCAAGAAUUUGCCCCGCAUGUUGCUGAGCUCAUACCAUAUCUGCUGCGCGUGGUUCAGACUGACAAGAGUGAAGAUAGAAAGUUAACAGCUCAGGUUCUAUUAUGCGUCAAAUCACUCUCUGGCUGCUUAACGCCUCAUCUCCAUCUUGUUCUUCCUCCUGUUCUUACUAUACUUGACGACUCAGCUGUCCCCAUAGGCGUAAGACAAUCAGCCUUAGAUACUAUACUUCACCUCACUCGCAGCGAUGAUCUUUCUGAUUACGCUCCUCGUCUCAUGCAAACCUGGCAGCGUGGGAUCUCAGUUACGGCGCUUCAACCACAGUUACUUGAACUACUUAUCGAGAUUGUGAAUCAG